UCACACCAUCGACUGAACGACUCCAACCAACCCGGAACUUUUUAAGUCAACUAAUCAUUCCUGAAAACGUAUUGCACGGAGUUUCCUCCUUUUUUCCGAGCAGUUCACAAGUUACUGUAAGAAAAGUCACUUCCACGGACUGGGUGUUCCUCUCAGUGGAAGAAAAGGACAGUUGCAAAUGUUUCUCACUCCGACUGCGGCGGCUCCUGUGGGACAGUAGCCUCGACUUGUCUUUUUCAAACCAGCCUUUGAGUGGUGGGUUAAAGAGCUGCCAACAUGCCUCAACAGAAGGACAUAGUGAAGAUUGCCAUCCAGAUGCCUGGGGCCUAUCCCCAGCUCAUACAACUGGACCAGAAAAAACCUUUGUCUGCUGUGAUAAAGGAAGUGUGUGAUGGCUGGAAUCUCCCAGGUCCAGACAACUAUGCUCUGCAGUAUGCUGAUGGAGUGCAGACGUACAUCACUGAAUCGAAUCGUCUGGACAUAAAGAAUGGCUGCAUUCUGCGUCUGACCAAGGCACCGGGCCGAUGCGCAGAGGACUUGUACAAAGGCAUCCAGAGCACGGACUCAGGCGUGCGCUGCGAUUCGCUGAAGGAACUGGCGAGCGUUUCCACGGACGUGACCUUUGCUCAGGAGUUCAUCAGCCGAGACGGACACCUCUUAUUGGUCAAGAUAGUAGAGGACUCUAAUGAGAGCAAUGCGAUUAUGACCCACACACUGACAGGCUUCAUGGAACUGAUGGACCAUGGGAUCGUUUCAUGGGAGAACCUCUCCUGUGUCUUCAUCAAGAAGAUUGCCAGCUUUGUCAAUGCCAAGUCGACCGACGUAUCAAUACAACAGGUGUCCCUGGACAUCCUGGAGAGCAUGGUGCUGAGUAGCCACAGCCUCUUCCUGCAGGUCAAACAGGAAGUCACCAUGGAGAGGCUCAUCGCUCACCUCCAGGUGACCAAUCCGCAGAUACAGACCAAAGCCAUGGCUCUACUCAUGGCACUACUACAAACUGCAGGGGACUCGGACAGACAGGAUAUGUUUGCCUUCCUGAAUAAGAAGAAUCUCCGACAGUACAUUUAUAAAAACAUCAUCCAUAGUUCUGGUUCGGUCCAGGACGAAAUGGCCCACUACCUCUAUGUCCUGCAGUCCGUUACCUUGAAUCACCUAGAGCCUCGCAUGAGGACACCGCUGGACUCCUACAACCAGGAGCAGAGAGAAAUCCUUCAUAGUUUGCGGCAGACGGCGUUUGAGACGGAGAGCGAGAACAGUCUGAGCCACGAGAGACGGCGCUCACUCUGCGCCAAAGAGUUCAAGAAGUUAGGCUUCUCUAACAAUAGUAACCCAGGGCAGGACUUGGUGAGGACGCCUCCAGGUCUUCUAGCGUUGGACACCAUGUAUUACUUUGCAGCGCGCUAUCCUGAUGCCUACAGCAGGUUUGUCCUGGAGAACAGCAGCCGGGAAGACAAACACGAGUGUCCGUUCGCCAAGAGCAGCAUCCAGCUCACACUCAUCCUGUGUGAAAUCCUUCGCAUCGGAGAACCCCCCUCAGAGACGAGAUCUGACUACCACCCUAUCUUCUUCAGUCAGGAUCGGCUGAUGGAGGAGCUUUUCUGUGUCUGCAUUCAGCUGCUCAACAAGACCUGGAAGGAGAUGAGAGCCACACAGGAGGACUUCGAUAAGGUGAUGCAGGUGGUGAGGGAGCAGAUCACCAGGACGUUGUCCACCAAGCCCACCUCCCUGGAGCUCUUCAAGAACAAAGUCAAUGCCCUGAACUACAGCGAGAUCCUCAAACUGCGCCAGACAGAGCGGCUGCACCAAGAAGAGACUCUCGCUCUGCCUGUACUGGAGCUCAAAGAGCGCCUGAAGCCAGAGCUGCUGGAGCUGAUCCGCCAGCAGAGACUCAACAGGCUGUGUCAGGGAACCAUGUUCAAAAAGAUCAGCAGCCGACGCAGACAGGAUAAACUGUGGUACUGCCGCCUGUCGCCCAAUCACAAAAUGCUUCACUACGGGGAUGCGGAGGAGGAGACGGACAAUCCACCAAUAGAAACACUGCAAGACAAGAUUCCAGUGGCAGAUAUCAAAGGCUUACUGACGGGAAAGGACUGUCCUCACAUGAAGGAGAACAAAGGCAAACAGAAUAAGGAGGUGCUGGACCUAGCAUUUAGCAUCACAUAUGACGUAGAAGAGGACAGCCUUAACUUCAUCGCCCCCUCCAGAACUGAUUUCUGCCUGUGGACAGAUGGACUGAGCGUCCUCCUGGGCCGGGAGAUGAGCAGCGAGUCCAUGCGCAGCGAGCUGGAGAUCCUGCUCUCCAUGGAGAUCAAGCUCCGCCUUCUGGACCUCGAGAACGUUCCCAUCCCCGAAUGUGCGCCCGUCAUCCCCAAACCACCGAGCAACUACAACUUCUGCUACGACUUCAGCCAGACGGAGCAGUAGAGUAGACGUGUGAAUGUGUAAAUAUAUAUAUACUGUGUGUAUGUGUGUGUGUGUGUGUGUGUGUGUGUCUGAAAUAAGAAGCAUGUGUUUGGUGAGAACUGACUUGUGCAUCCAUGCACUUAUUUCUAUUACACAGAUUUAUAACAUUAGGUUUUUCAUAUGUGGUCUUCUGCUCCAAGUGAAGAGAACCUGUGGAAACUACAACAUCAGUCGUGGCUUGAACUGCUACCAUAUGCCUAUUGACUGUAUUUGAAUCAAUUCAACACAUUUCCUUAGAAAAUUUAACUUCUUUUUCUUCAGCCACUCAAUUAAUAGUUCUAUGAUUUUGUUUUGUUCUCUUUUUAUAUCUCGAAAUAUAUCAAAAACUAAGGUACAUGGAACACUCCUGUGUGCGAAGGUGGGUUUUACCGGUCGAGACAAUAGACCGGCUGGCUCAUGUUUUCAAUGUUUUUGAAUGGGCAUUAACUCGGACAGUGCUUUUUCAACAUGAGAAAGACAGUAUGUGUAGGCGUGGGACAAUAUUUUUGCUUAAAUAGGUACUGGCCUUGGUACGGAUCCAAGCAGCUGUGGAGCAGAGAUGCUCUGUACGACUUUUAUUAGAUUUUUUUUAUAGUAAUGCAGAUCUGCAUUAGGCACCAUGCUGACUUAAAAUAUCAACAGUUUUACAAAGAGAGAAAAAAGGCUUAUCAAACUACACCUGUGUCUGUAUGAUACAGAAGGCAAUACGUGUUCCUUUUUUCUCAAAUGUGUCGGAUCAGAUCCUGAAAUAGUUUUGAAGUAUAAUGAUUUUAUAAAAGGUACUGAUAAUAAUAUGAUGCUUAGUCACAAUGUGCUGCACUUUCACUCACCAAACACUCAGUGGCUUCUCUUUACUGACAGUGUUUUCUGCCUUUUUUUCGGCACCGUCACAACUUUCCUCUGCAGUGCAUUACUGACCCUCUGCAAUAAUAUCCACUUUGAAUCACACACUUUGGAAUAAACUGUUUGAUUUAUACUGAAAAUAAAACAAGCAUGUGUUUGUGUUUUA